AUGUCAGCACCAAAAUCGUCGUCCGUCGACGAUGACAGGGAUGCGUUUAGCAAAUUAUCAGCACCAAAAUUCUUGUCAACUGAAGAUGAUCUGCACGUCGCGUGGGAGAAGGUUGUGAGAAAUUUCGUGGAUGCAUCGAAGGCAAAUCCUUCGAGCGAACCGACAACAAUAAGACAAGUGCUCGACAACGUCAAUUCACAAACCGCCGACGACACAACCAAAGCGAGGGCAAAGGGGAUUGUUAUGAACAUUUUGAGUUCUGUCCAGAUUCUUGGGGAAUUUGUUGCAGGCGCCUCGAGCACUGCCUUUCCCGCUAGCCAGCCAUGCUUCAACGCCCUCAACUUGGUCAUCGGGGCCGUGAAAAGAUAUCACAAGAUCUUUGAAGACCUUUUCAUCCUCCUAGAGCGUGUCUCUGUCUUUCUUGGGAGUCUUCGCAUCUACUUCGAAGAGAAAAAUACCGAUGUCAAUUUAGAUACACGGUUGCGACCGACAGUUUAUCGGGUGCUUGAGCACUUUAUGGAAAUUAUGACGCUAGCGAUCGAACUUAUGCAUCGCAAGAGCAGACUAAAGUUGGCUGCAAAGGAGUUCUUUUUCGGCAUAACAAGUGGCGUCACCGAUGCGCUGGGCAAGCUGGAGACCCUUGUAUCUGACUGUGUAAAUAUGCAGGUCGCCGUGAUAGGUCAAGACCUUUCGAAGGCUGCUCGCGACAUUCGCACCCUCGAUGGCAAAAUGGAUGUUCUGGACGGCAAGAUCGAUUCGGUUGUCAACAUCAUGGGAAGGCGAGAAGAGCAAGAGAAAGUUCAAGAAAUGCGUAUCCAACUGCGGAAGUGGUUACGUAUCGGUGAAGAAGAUAUUUGGAGAAAUCAUCAUAACACAAUUCGCGACCAACGUACCGACGAAACCGGCGACUGGCUCUGCAAGGAGAAUAGUUCAUUCGUACAUUGGUGCGACGCGAAUAGCGACGCAAGUAAUGUAUUUCUCGUCACGGCCGAUCCAGACCGUGGCAAAUCAUUCCUAGCGUCAGCUGUAAUUGAUCACAUCGAGGAUCCGAGCUUCGCUUCUGGGGGCUUUUCUUCUCUGGCUUAUAGUUAUUACCAGGCCACCAUCCGCGAGGAUUCCAAAGCGUCAUCUCAAAAAAACAUCAAACAGAGCAGCCAAGGCGCAGUACAACCGGCUCUACAAGCAACGAGUCGUGCUUUAUGUAGCAUUGUUUGGCAGCUGUCCGAAGCCGACGAACAUUACCGGGAUUUCGUGUUUGAGAAGCAUAAAUAUGACGCUUGUAAGAUGAAAGCCAUCGAAAUCUGGAAUGAGCUUAUUAUCAGCUAUAGCCCGUCAAGAAGAUCAUCAUACUUCAUCGUCAUCGACGGGAUACAAAAGGCAGAUCGGGAAUUGCUUGAAAGCAUGAUUAAGUGGGACCCAAGGCAAAAAAGCUUACUGCGUGUUCGCGUAUUUGCUACAUCCAAGUCUCACGCCGGCUGGAGCAACACAGUCAUCAAUCAUUCUUUGCGAAUUUCCCUCGAUCGUGUUUCUCAUCGCCAAGAGUUUGUGCCUAGUAUCGCUGAUGUUAAGAAGAUUACCAACGCUCGGCUUGAUAAAACUUCGAUCUUCCACGACAAGGCUCCACAGACUAUACGGAUACGGGAACAAGUGUUCGACGUUGUGACCCGUCAAAUCCAGAAUGAAUUUGCACGCCUGAGUCUCGUCCUCAACGAAAUCGAAAACUGCGUGAAUUCCAGGCAGAUUGAGAGAAUACUUGAAAGAAUCGAAGAAUCCAUCGAAGUGAAUCUAGGCCGACAGAUCCGCUCUUUGAAUUCCAAGUUGGCACCAGAUGAGAUAAAGGAAGUCAAUGCUCUUAUCUCUUGGCUGGAAGCUCCCAAGACAUCGUUUUACUUCUUAUUUGGGACACCAUGUUUGCUCGCUGAACAAUACGUUGAUGUUAAGCUGGAGUCACCACGACUUACACCUCUUUCGGAGCGUAUAGCACAACGGUACUCGUUGCUGUUUGAAGUAGAUGACGAUUGCAUCAGGUGGCGCUAUCCAGAGAUUCAGCAGUAUUUGAAGCAAGAUUUCGAAGAUCAGCAGAUUCUAGAAAACAUGAAUAAGAGGCGAGGAAAACGAUCUUCUAAAACAGACCUGGAAGAGCUAGAUCUCUUGGAGCUGGUCAUACGGAACAAUCUCAGCACGGUUUUCGGUACGCGGGGUGUCGAGUUGUUCGAUCAAUAUGAGCUUGGGGAAUACUUCGCAUUGCAAAGAGCUCAACAUACCAAGAUGAUCUGUGCUGACGAAAAGAGUAGUCGAUACUCGGUCUUACUCAUAUGUCUGCGGGUCCUAUGCGAGGAUAUGAGCCCGCGCGCGGUGAAUCGUCUUUGCACCUACUCUCGGCGAAAUCUGAGUACUCAUCUUAAGUGGGACGAGAAACAAAAGCUGAAAGCAAAGGAAAACCAGGCGAUCGGUCGCUUGCUGGUGAAGCUACUUCGUAAUGAUACCGUCAUAGAUCACUGGAGUCAGGAAGCUAGUCAUGGCAUCACAGAUUGCUUUACCGCCGGUCCAAAAGGCGACCCGAUUUGGAAAUGGUUGAAGAAAAUGAGCAGGUCGGAAGGCCCAACAGAUCUUGAAGACAAAGAAUGGUUUUCAAAGCUUCCCACGCAAAAAGAAGAUAGUUCUUCAGCCCACUGGGACUACGCGAUUGACAGAAUUCUCGAUGGCUGGUCCACGCGACAGCGCGAUACGUGGCACACCAUAUGUUAUUUAUCUGGUAAAUUGGAACCUAAACAUGUCCAAGUAUGGUUACGGGAUAGACAUCAUAAGCUCGACCCUAUUCUCUUGAUCAAACGUUUGAUGCAGGAGGCCGAUACGGAAUAUCAUUAUGACGACCACAAGAGCUGGAUAUUGAAAACAUGUAACGACAUCAUCAGAACGAAUGCGGAUGCUUGGUGGGCGCUGUUCUAUAGCGCGAAGGUUUCAACGGAAGAUGGUUCAAGUGCGGACGUCACCAUCGAAGAUGAUUCAAGUGCCGAGACUACGACUCAAAAAGAUCAAAGUACUGGGUCAACCAAUGGUCUCAAAGAAGCAAUCAGUCAUCUCAAUACCGCAAAGUCUUCAACAACGAAAGACAAAGACUUCCAUGAUUACUACUGGACCAGGAUUCUGCCUUUGCUUGCCCGCUGCCAGAUCCUAGACCUGGACAUGGAGGGAGCUAUGGAAUCGUACUCGGAGAUGAUGAAUGAUGCAAGCAGCAGAGGGGCACUCAAGAUGAGUAUGCUCUGUUCAUUCAAGCCUACCAUGAUUGCCACGUUCUUAGAGUUGGCCGGAACAAAGACGGUGCCCGGCGAAACCAAUAACUGGCUCCAUGAGUUGAUCGCAAGUGUCGAUUCGUCUGAGGCUGCUCUCUCAGUCAGUCUUGCAGCAUACCACGGGAAAAACUGGAGUGACAUUCACCGCGCAAUCAAUAAGGCGGUUAAGCAACUGGGCUCGGAGAUUGCCAAUAUUAACGGUGACAAGACAGCCGAAACAGAUGUCUUUGGACAAGACGAUGAGGACUAUGACAUAUGGCAGAAACAUAAGACUCAGAAGUUGUUGAAGUCAGUUCUAGCUUCCAUUCUUUGGCACAGAAGCGACAACGCAGAAGAUCACAUAGAGGCUCUGGGUCUCUGGCAAGAGGUUGGGGCUACGGAAAUCUCCCUCAGGGUGCUUAUAAAACACUCUAAAGCAAAAACCGUGUAUGAUCUUUGGAAUACAGAUGAUUUGUAUGACCGCUACUUCAAAACAGCCAUCUUUGAAGUCUGUCAGGAGAAACGCGAUGUCCGCUCAUCUGCAAACAUUAGGUCGCACUUCAUAGCUGCGCGGGUAUUCAUGAAUCUUGGAGAUCGCGAAGCGGCAGAACGGCUCAUCUCAAAGCUACUGGAAAAUAAAGAUUACGGCGAGAACAUAGCUCCAGACGAACAACUAGAAGAGUACGGCAGGGCUUGUUUUGCCCUUGGCGAAGACCAGCGCGGCCAUGACCUCUUUGGACAUGUGACCACACAUGACUUUGCCAAACAUGAAGGCUGUCAACAAACAUGCGGACCAGAACUCCCGAACGCAGAAGCCGUAGUUUAUCUCUGCAGAGAUUGCAUGUGCUUUCUGAAGCCGCACUGCCUCAAUGCACUCGAAAAUGGUGUCUGGACAGCAGGCUUCUGCGAUCCAGAUCAUCAUCGCAUCAUGCUGCCACCUCCAUUGACCAAGGAUGGCAGGAAUCAUAGCGCUGCCAUGGAUCUGGUGACAGAUGUCGGCAUCAAACAUGGCUGGCUGGAGGGCCCCAGUGACGAAGAAUUGGAAGUUCGAGAGAAUGGUGUGCUGGAGGCGCCAAGGUCGAGGGCAUCAUUCCAUAGUAUUGACGAGGUGACUAUCGCGGCCCAAGAGUGA